AUGUCGUCAGUCCACUGUGUAGUGGUAUGGGAGUGGCAGCAUGACGGCCAGUGGCUGCCUCAUUCGCCAGGUGUUGCCAGGACGUUAGAACGAGCCCAUGCCAAGAAACUAACUAGGGUUGUCCUAGCAGAUGCUGAACCAGCUCUUAAGGGGCAUUAUGUCAAUUUACGCACUUUGACACAGUGUUCAGAGACACAAGGUAUAUCAGAAUGUCGUGUACGACGAUCUUGCUACAGCGUGAGUUCUCCCGGAGGGCGCGGCUUGCGCUGGGAGUGGGCGCGACUGGCAGAUCCUCCCAGAGCCGCUGAGCUUAGAUACGAUCCUCUGCCUAUGGAGGUACAAUGUCGUCUAGAAGAGGCUUUGGAGCGGGGAAUUGAAGCUGUAUCAUUUGACGGCUGGGUGGUGUCACUAUCCAGUAUGACUGCCCAACGUCACAUCACAGGUUUGCCUGGGGUGUUGAGGCUUCUACGAAGGGCUGCGCAUCCGCCCUAUCCUCUCACCCGCUCUACACCCCCUCCGCCUGCCCCACCUGAAAGGGCAUCUUUUGAUGUUCGUCGACCGCGUAUACCCCAGCAGCACACGGGGUCCAGUGUCCAGUCGGUGCAAUCGGUACAGUCCGCGGUGUCAGGGCAGUCCGUGAAGUCGGCCCCCUGCGCGGGCGCCAGUCGGGAGGUGCGGGGAGGGGCGCGCAGUGCUUCGCCCCGAGACAGGAAGCCGGGACUCGCUCGCCAAAUUCUGCACAACCUCAAUAUUUUCAGCAAUAAUAACAAAGGCAACGUGGAAAUAAAGGAGAAGGAGAAAGAAGAGACGGACUGCGGCAGCAGCAGGUCGGGUCGACGGCACAGCGUCGACACCGUGUCCACGUACCUCAGCCACGAGAGCAAGGAGAGCUUACAGCAAGCGUCGGUCGGCGAGCUCCUGAACUGCAGCAUGGGCAGCGACGACGUGUUCGAGACCCCUGUCCCCGUUUCCGAUUCGCCCGCACUCGAUAACAUUACAGGUCCCGAGCCGUUGCUGGAGAAGCCCAGCUGCGUGGGAGUGAGCGAGGAGGAGUGGGCCGUGUGGCGCAGCGUGGUGCCCGUGAGGGGCGGGGGCGCGAGGCGAGGGGCCGGGGCGUGGUGCCCCGCGUGCGCGCUGCCCCUGGACGAGCGAGGCGAACUCCGAGACGUCGUGGCGCUGGUGCACUGCGGCCACGAGAUGCAUCUCCGCUGUCUGCGCAUUCACAAGCGGAAGAUACGGGAGACCGAGGGUGCGACCUACAUCGAGUGCCUCGUAUGCGGUCAGCAGUACGGUCGCAACGGAGAUAGAGAUAGAGAAAGGGAAAGGGAGGCCCGGGAGAGUGGAGGCGAGCAGCCGUGCGGCUCCAUGGCCUGGAGGCGCCAGCCUGACUCCCUCCCCGGGCACCCUUCGCACGCCGGUUCCAUACUUGUGACUUACAAUUUCCAAUCGGGUCGUCAAGGGGCGGGGCACCCGGCCCCCGGCUCCCCCUACUACGCCGUGGGGUUCCCGAGACACACCCUCCUGCCCGACACCCCCGUCGGACGACAGGUGCUGGCCGGUCUGCAGGGCGCGUGGGAGCGUCGCGUCCUGUUCACGGUGUCCGCGUCUCGGACGACCGGUCGCGAACACGUGGUCUCUUGGCGGAUCCCGGCCCCGCCUUCCGCGCCCCACCACUACGGCCCACCCCUGUACGACAAGGUGCUGCUUGACACCUUGCACUAUCUCACUUCUCUGCUCAGGGACUGCGGCUCGUAG